UUCCCUUUGAACAGUGGAGUCUACAGCAAAAUGGCCGCAUUUUAGUCUACAGACUCGUUUUCUUUACUGUUUGCCAAUUGCCUUUCGAAAGGGCCUGACAGUGGUUGUAGAAGAGGGUUAUCGUCUGUUUCGCCGAAAAUUUCAUCGACGAGACAGCUGAAACUUUUUUGUGAAAUAGUGCAGACUACGAAUGGGAGGUCCGAUGCGUCCGAUGCACCAGGCUACUAUGGCCCCUCCGCAGCAACCUCAGCAUCCCCAUUCACAUCGGAAUAAUCCACAUGCAGGACAUCAAAUACUGUCGAUGCCCAACCAUCAACCCCAACCCCAUAUGGCUCAUCAUAUGCAACAUCCUGGGUUGUCGCAUGGUAACCAGCGUCACGUAAUGGGCCAAAAUGCGAUACGUCGCGUUGUAGUACUGGCAAGUAUAAUGAUGCUAUUGGUUGGGAGCAAUGCAGGAAAAGUCGAAGUCGAAUUCAUUAAUCCUCCAGACAGUUGGGAGGAAUUUUUUGGGCCUACAGGCUGCAUCGAAGGUGCCAUUCUUAAUGUUGAUUUGCCAAUGACGUUGUCGAAGGAUCAAUUAAACACAAUGACUCUUCAGAAUCAACCGAACAUUCAACAAGGAAACCUCGAGCAAAACAAAUCCCCGAAUAACGAGGGAAUAAUUGAGGAGUCUAUCGAUGACCAAUUAAAUCAGAAUCAUGCCAACGGGACGAAUUUAAAUUUGGCAAACAUGAAAGAAAAAACUCCUAUGUGCUUAGUAAAUGAGCUGGCUAGAUUUAACAAGAUACAACAUCAGUACAGAUUAACCAACGAACAGGGGCCUGCCCAUAAAAAAAGAUUUACAGUCACAUUGAAAUUGGGUGAAGAAGAAUACGUCGCUGAAGGUCCCAGUAUAAAAAAAGCUCAACAUAGUGCAGCCAGUGAAGCUUUAACAAAAACUUGGUACAGGCAACCACCACCCAAACCCCCCAGAGCAAUGAGGGUCCCAGGAAAAUGUCCUUCUACUUCCGGUCACUUGCCGCCGACAGUGGAGCUUAAUGCUCUGGCCAUGAAAAGAGGCGAACCAACGGUGUACACAUUCAGGCAUGCUCCACCAGCAGCCCCACAACAAUUUGUUACUCAUGGAUUUGGUAGCUUUCCUCGGAUGUUUAAUCCACGUUAUCCAACUUACAAUCGUGGGUACCAUCCUGAACCCCAGGGAUUUUACCUCGUCACUUUAAAGGUCGGAGAACGAGAAUUCAUCGGAAGAGGAAUGACUGGACAAGCAGCUCGCCACGACGCUGCUAGUCGAGCUUUGGAGCAACUUAAAAAGCUUCCUUUACCCGAGGAAAUCAUCAAUACCUGCGCUCCAAAUGAAAAUGGAACUUUGAGCGGCAUCGACGAUCCAAAUGCUGAAUUGAAAAGUCCAGUUUCGCUGGUUCAUGAGACAGCUUUGAAACGCGGAUUAUCCGUGACCUUCGAAGUUGUGUCUGAAAGUGGAAAGCCUCACAUUCGGACUUUCAUGACCAAGUGCUCGGUCGGCGAAAAAGUGACUGUGGGCGAAGGGUCGUCGAAGAAGGUCUCGAAGAAGAGGGCAGCGGAGUCAAUGUUAGAGGAACUGAAACGUCUUCCAGCAAUACCCUCGAAUAUUCAAGCUAGAACCUUACGACUAAAGCGUAAGCCGCCAACAACCAAAAAGAAGUCGAGGAAUUUAAUCAAAGUCUACCAGGAACCGCGGCAAGAAGCGGAGAUUGUCGAAGAAGUGAAUCCUAUCUCACGUCUUGUGCAAAUUCAGCAAGCUAAACGCGAGAAGGAACCCGUUUACAAUUUGAUCGAAGAAAAGGGUGCUCCAAGGCGCAGAGAGUUCAUAAUGGAGGUCACUGUUGGUCAACACUCAGCUCAAGGAAUGGGUCCCAAUAAGAAACUCGCGAAGAGAGCUGCUGCCGAAGCUCUUUUGACUGCUAUGGGAUACAGCAAGCCCCAGCCUCAACCAGUCAAGCCCUCAAUCAAGACAGGAGACAAGGAAAACUCGGAGGGAAAACCAAGAAAAGUCACUUUCUUGGGAGAGGAUCUAACCAACGUAACUCAGAGUCACCCAACUGGAGGAACAAUUGGUCGCCAGUUGGUACCUGGACUUCUAUUAAUGGAUGGUGGCCAGGACUCCAAAAUAGGUAGUGGGCCCAGUGUUCAAGUAGUUGCCGAAGAGCUUCGAGGUCAGCAACAGCAACAAAUUCCGUCGGGAGUUUCUCCCAGGGACCAACUUAAAUACCUGGCUCAGUUGUUGAACUUCGAGGUGGAGUUUAGCGAUUUUCCGAAGUUCCAGGGACUCUACAAAGAGUACUUAUCUCUCGUAUCCUUGAGUACGGAUCCACCUCAGGUUUGCCAUGGUCACGGAGCAACGAAAACUGCUUCCCAAGACCAAGCAGCGCUUACAGCUCUGCGCACUCUCAGCAAAUUAGGAUUAGACAGCGUGACGAAUUCACAAAAUAAAAAGGACAAAGGCGCCACUGGUGACGGGAUUCACGUCAAUCACCAAGUGAAAAAUAACAUUAUCAAUGGAUCUAUGGACAAGUAAAGAUUCGAAGGAACACAGCUCGGCCAGCUCUGUUACUGUCAAUUUGCAGAUUGCAGUAUAUCGAGAUCUGAUACAUAAUCACACUACGAUUGAUUAUUGAAAUCUUCGUAAGCUCUUCUUUGAAAGAAAUACAAAAAAGAAUUUUCAAAUUCAAAACUGGUCUUACCAGAUGAUGAUCGCUUGGGUGUCAAUAAAUCGUGUUGUACUGUGGGCGCAGUGGCCCAGUAUCUUGUCUUAACAAUUAAUUACAGCGUUCAAUUCGAGGAACGCAUAUCAUUUUAAACUUUCAAGUCUAAUUGACGAUAAUUGAAAAAUUUUAUCAGACCAUGGACCAGAUUUUAUUGGCAUGGAAUAUUAACUUUAUUUUCUUUUUAAAUUUCAUUUUUGCCAAUGUUCUAACGUUUUGCAAGAUAAAAUCCGGUCCAUCAUUCCUGCUUUCAGUUUUAAUUAAAACAUUUUAAUUUUCUUUUCAGAAACUCUUUGAAUCAACUUUAAUUUUUAGUUAUUUUUACGCUUCUUAUUUAUUGACGCCUGACCGAAAAUUGCGCUCCAACAUUUGCGUCGCGCGAAAUAAUUAUAAGAAUAUGUGCUAUUUAUUAUUACGUUAAGCCUGUGAACACAGAUCAGACAAACGAGGAUCUAAAAGGGGAAACCGGCUUUUCACUUAUUUUCUCGUUUUCCUGAACAGUGUGUUGGGCCUUUUACCGAUAGAAUUUUAGGAACAUCGAUUCCUAAUAAUGGUCAUUUUCCAAGCGAUUAUGGUUCAUGACCAUCGAAAAAAACAAUAAUUUACUAAAUCUGAGAUGAAAUGCGGCCAUCUCGAUUUUACAAGAUCUGAUACCUUGGGUGUAUCAUUGUCAUGAAUGUAAGCUACGUCUAAUUACCUAACACCGUCAACUGCGGUUAAAAUUGAAUAUAAUGAGUGACUAGUUCAUCAGCGAAAACGGAAACGCUGUUAUUAUUGUUAUAACAAAAAAAAGUAGAUAACCUCACAAGGUCGCUAUCACAACAGUGUAAUCGUUAAUCGUUAUGGAUAUAAGAAAAGAGAAACGAAAAGACGUUGACGGCGUGCAGUAUAAAUUUCCUAGAAUAUUCGAAUUGAUGUAAAAUUCCUUCCGGUUAUUAUGAGGCAUUGAUUACAAAAGUAGCCCUGUAUUAUGUGGCAGAAAUGCUGGUAGGAAAAAUCGUUUCUCUAUUUUUCCUCGCCAAAAUGCUUUGGAUUUGGAAAAUAAAGAGAGGAUAUGCAAUCUGUUUAAAGAGAAAAAAUCGUUGAGUAACUAGGACAUAUUACUGUUGAGUGUAAAAGAGUACAGGAAGUGUUAAUAUUGCAACAUUCUCCGAUAAAACAAUAGGUAAUUCGAUGUAUAAGCUGUGCUCGUGUCCCAAUUUGCUUUUCCACGGGGCCUAGAAGCAUUCUGGGAAAAAUAUAUUCAUGUUAAUGUUGUAUGAGGUAUUAGGAUAAAAACAGAAAGAAGAGUUUGAAAUUUUCUCAAGCUACACAACAGAAGACAAAUAGUGGCUUGAUCGAUUUGAAAAUUUCAACGCGGAGGUGCGGUAAUACUUCAAAAUUUAUCACGUUGCGUUACGAUUGUUGCAAAAUUGAAACUGAAUUUUGUUUGAAAAGAAUCUUGAAACAACGCCCUGAAUUUUGAUUUAUUGCUUGGUAACGUAGAGUCGAGUGAUAAUGAAUGUAGGCAAUACACAGUUUAAGCGAGUUUUGCUCUUUUACUUGAAAGCACCUGCAUAUUUUCUUUGAAUUUUAGCGAAACUCGGAUUUUAUGAUCGAAUUAUUGCCUUUUAUUCAUUAUUUCCAUUAUCAAAAGCUACGUUACUGGUAAAAUCCUUGGAUUGUACGAUUGAAAGAAAAUUCUUUUAAUUUCUCCUGCGUGAAAAAUGUUUAUUCUUCGAAACAUUGUAGUUGCGUGGCGCGAAAUACCGCAGUUUUUCUAUCCUUUUUCUCAUUACUUUUUAUAUGAUUCCAGCCUUUUCUCAUGUUAUAGUUUAAGAGCAAGACGAUUAAUUUUUUCCAAUUGUAGCUUUAUAGGUUAGAUGGGCAAUAAUCUGUAUGCGAUUUGUUACUUAUAAGGCUUAGAAGUAGACUCCGAGGCAGGCACUAGUUUUUCAAAGUACUAAGGGACACAAAAUUCCUACAGAUUAUGUCUGCAACAGUUCUAUUUUAUCCGACAAUGUGGGGUCACACAUGCUAGAGUUAAUGAGAAAAUAAAGUAUUACACAAUAAUUAAUUAUCGACAUACAAAGUGUACAAUUUUGUUCUGAUGCAAAUUAAGCGGAACUAAUAAUUUGUCGGAAAAGAAAAUGAUAGAAAUGAUACUUCCAACGAAACUAACGGUUUUAAAACAAGUUGAAGCGUUAUGAGAUAAGGAGUCGAACACAUCUUCGUCUGUCGCUUUGUUUAUUAAGUAAUAAAUGUAUUUAUAAGUUGUCAUCGUUUAUUAAAGACGUGUCAUCUGAUUGUCAUUCAAAGAAACUCAAAUCAUGUUCAAAGAAGAUCGCGAAUAAACGUGUUAACAGAAAAGUUGCUUCUCGAAGUUGUUAACACCUUUUAUCAAUCUGAAGUUAUAAUUCAUGGUUAAUUGAGAAAUUCAAAAUUCUUCCGUCUUUAAUGCCGAGGACAGGAAGAAGGGUUGACCUUUCUUUUCUUUUUUCUUUUUUUGUUUUUUUUUGUUAAUCUUAAACGUGACGAGAUUUAGUGUUGGUAGAAGCGAAAACGAAAAAGGCAGAGGUUUAUGCAGAAACGGCUUACACCUAUCUCGUUUAUCGAUUUGUAUCUGAAAUCAAUAAACUGCUUCAAAUUA